UUUUCCUUCGAUUUUCUUCCGCUGCAUGUGACAGUCUUCCUCGCUUUCAUGGCGCGGCACCAGCAGCCCUCUGUUUCGGUGGGCGGCAGCGGCGACCGUUGCUGCCGCUCUUCAAAUCAGACCCGGCAAGUCACUCUUUCCCGUGCCACCAACCAGAGACUAUCCCACCAUCUCACCACCCGAACUUUUCGCGCCAUGCCCCAUGCCUGAUCCCCGAUGUGUGCCUCUCCGCCGUGCGCUCUCCGCCGUGCGCUCUCCGCCGUGCGCCUCUCCGCCAUGCCACUGCCCGCCUCCCCCUCACCGCGCGCUCUUCCCGCCAGACCCCUCUCGGCUUCCCCCUAACUCGCACUAAGCCCCUGCCAACGACCCCUCCCUAUCUUCCGCCAUGCCUCCCUCCGCCUUCCCUUAGCUGCGCACUUCCGCCGCAAUGCAACUCCCCGCUUCCCCCUGGCUGCGCGCCGUCCUGGGACUCUCCGCCGCUCUUGCGCUCGCCUGCCUCUACGCCGCCGUCUCCUCCCCUCCGCCUCCCUCCCCCGUGGUGGCGCUGCUAGCGGCGCACAGCAGGGCGCUGCAGCGGCGGGUGCAGGAGAUGAGGGCGCGGGCGGAGAGCGAGCAGCGCUGGAUGGACGGCGCUGCCAGGGACGCCCUGCAGCAACUGCGCGCCGACCGCUCAUCCCUGGGGGAGAGCAUCCCCCUCCUGGACGAGGCGGCGGCUUCAGCCGUUGCCGCGCUGCCACCUGGCAGCGACAGCCUUGCGCAGAUCCACGCCAUGCUGGCAGCUGCACCACGUGUAAACGUUGGGGAGGUGGACGUGGGGGAGGGGGACGUGCUGGAGGGCGGUGGUGGGGGCAGUGAGGUGGAGGGAGAGAGCAAGGUGCGAGCAGCAGCAGGCGCAUCUGAGAUUGUGGAGGGGGCGGGAGAAGCAGGAGCUGCGUUGGCGAGUGUGGAGGAGGCGGUGGGGUCGUGCAUGGACCUCUACUUCCUGGCGGACGCGCAGCAGACGCAGUUCCACAUAGCGUCGCAGCUGCUACAGCAGGCGGACCGGGAGGUGGAGCUGCGGCAGUUCAUGCUGGCGCAGCUGCGCGCCCUGGACGACCGCAGGGAGUGGUGGGCCGUGCUCAACCUCACCGCAGAGGAGGCCAGUGAGAAGCUCAAGACCAUGGCUGACGGGGAAGGUGGGUUACAAGACCAAGCUGUCCGACUUCCUCUUCUGGUACCUGCCCUUCCGCUCCUGGUUCGACUCGGAGGGCCCCGACCACCCAAGGCUGUCGCACACGUGGAGCAGCAGCGCGCUGAGCUGGCAGCCGCCACAUCAGCCGCCAUGGCAGCAGAGGCGACCCUGAACGCCACGCAGGUGCGGCUGUGGGAGGAGUGCGGGCUGCACCUGCCCCACGGCAACUGGACCGAGGAGCAGAGCGCUCUCCUCCAGCGAUACGCCGCUGUUGCCAACGCGUCCGGAUGCACCGAACAGUGCGUGGACUGGGAGGCUAUUUACCCCGAGUACGAGUCAAAACCGGGGCUGGUUGCCCCGAAGCAGGUGUGGCAGAAGCUGCCCGAGCACUACCCGGACCCCAAGGCGAACCUCUCCUUCCUCCUGACUUACACCGGCCGUGCCGACCGUGUAAAACCGCUAGUGCACCGCCUGUACGCGUGCACCAAGGGCAUGCGCGGCGAGGGGGCGCUCCCGGGAAUCCGCGCAGAGCUGUUCGUGAGCGUGGUGGACCCCGACGCGACGCUGGAGGCGUGGAUGCACAUGUGGAACGAGACGGACGAGGGCAUAUUCGUGGUGCCCGUGCUGCCGCGCUUGGGCGCCGACCCCCUGAUGCUGAACGACCUGGCGCGCAUGGCGCGCGGCGCCUGCUGGUGCUGCUGCACGGGGACGCGCUGCCCCCCGCUGACUGCCGCUGGCUGCAGGACGUGCUGGACGCCUUCGCCGCGUGGCCGCGCCUGGCACUGGCGGGGUACCGCACCGAUGACAUGCCGGUGCGGCGAGUGGACCAGGUGGGGAAGACGGCAGCUGCUGGGGAGAGUGUGCGGUUCUGGAGGGGGUUUGCAGAGGAGCGCGAGAGGGGGGGCGGCGGGAGUGGGGGAGGGAAGGGAGUAGGGGAUGGGGGGAAGGUGGCUUGGAAGGACCCGGAGAGCGGUGUGCCAAUGCACUUCACGGGGCUGGUGACAGGGUACCCGGUGGGGGACCCCGGCGACUUGGCCACGAUCCCGCGAUCGCAGCACCGCCACGCGCUACCAGGGCUGGGCUCGCAUGGUGAGGGGAAUGGCCGGGCGGACUAUGGGGAGUACGAUGCAGCACUUGCGGAGUACCAUGAUGAUAUUGUGAAGGAGGUUGCGAGAUUGAAUUCCUUGUUGCUUCCCAAUGAUUAGCAUCAUCCCUCCAUGGGGCCUUCCAGUCUGCUUUGAGGCACAACUUGAGUAAGGAAUGGCUGCGAUUCACAUGUGAUGAUGCUCCACAGGCACAAAAGCUACGCUUGAAACCCUGAGAAUGAAUGCCUCCCUAAGCAAGUCAAGGGCAGGAAGACUGGCAAGUCAUCUCAUUACUCAAUGCUGAGAUUACGUCGGUUGGUGUCUUGCCGGCAUUCCUGCCCCUGAUGCUGACUCUGGUGGAGUAGCCACGCUGAAAGGCUCAAUCCCCGCAACCGCUUGUAUCCACCAUGUUAUGAAUGGGACUGCCAAGUAGCACGGAGGGCAAUGGCGAAACUGUGAACGAGUGAAUGACAAUAAAAUGAAAGACAAUAC